AUGUGGAAGGUACUUAUCAGCUGGGACAACGUCGAGGAGGCGUCCUUCGUUGGCAUAACCAUUUCUGACGCUAUAUACCUGCUGCAGACGGCGCAAAAGCUUCGGAAAUGCAUCUUUCUGGAAGUUGACGACGGCGUACACGAUAAACUCGUCAUCAAGCCGCCCAUGGUGGUCAACUCAUCGAUUACCUCCUUACAUAUGGGCCUCGCAUGUAUGGAUUCGCUGUCGGACUUUUGGGGCCGAAUUCGGUGCCCAAGCUUAAGGGAAGUGACAUUCCACUACUCCGCCCAACACCUUGCACCGUUCACGCAAUUUCUGGCAAGUUCGAAGUGCUCCAUCACCCACCUCUGCUUCGUCAGGGAAGAUUGGUUCAACAAUCCGGACGAGGAGAGGGAAAUUCUGGAAUUUUUCGCAGCCGUCCCGACGCUGGAGACUCUCGACUUCCAGGCUGGCCUUCCAUCCGCUUUCUUCGACAAAAUAGCGGCAGAGCCCAAAUUUCUCCCCCUUCUGCGUUCUUUCCGCUACGAGGGUGGACGGCGGUUGACAUGCCCAUGGAUGUCCACCAUCAAAGCUGUCGACUCGAGGCUGACACUUGAAGCAAAUGACGGACAGUCGGCCCUUCGAUCUCUGACCUUCGCACCCUUCACAUCUCUGACAUCUUCUAAAUUCCAGCAGUUCCCAAGCGGGCCAUAUCUCGAGCAGGCCACUGUAGCGCAUCUUUUACGCCUCAGGGAUCGCGGUGUAGAGAUAAGGAUACAAGACGGCGCCAGAGACGUGAUCGAGGCUUCUAGACCGGUGAUACACGGGAUUAGGAACGGUAGACUUUGUCGCAUCAACUAA